UCUAGUUUCCAUCUUAAUUAAAAGGUACUGUUCUAGCAAUCUUCGCCUUCAAAAGAGGCUUGCUGCCGACGUCCUCAGAUGUGGCAAAAAGAAGGUGUGGUUGGAUCCUAAUGAGGUUAAUGAAAUUUCUAAUGCAAAUUCACGGCAAAAUAUUCGGAGGCUUAUUAAAGACGGUUUAAUUAUACGUAAACCAGUUACCGUUCACUCGAGAUACCGCGCACGUAAGAAGUUAGAAGCCCGCAGAAAGGGAAGGCAUAUGGGCUUUGGUAAAAGAAGAGGUACGAAAAAUGCGCGUAUGCCCCAGAAAGUUUUAUGGAUACGACGUAUGCGGGUUUUGCGUCAUUUACUAAAGAGAUACCGUGAGGCCAAGAAGAUUGACAAGCAUUUGUAUCACGAGCUAUAUUUACGAGCUAAGGGCAAUACAUUCAAAAAUAAGCGCAAUCUUAUGGAGUAUAUUUUCAAGAAAAAGACAGAGAACACUAGAGCUAAACAGAUCGCAGAACAAGCUGAAGCUCGACGUGCUAAGAAUAAGGAGUUACGUAAACGACGUGAAGAACGCUUGGCACAGAAGAGGAAAGAGGCGCAACAUAAAAUUGCUGAAGCUGAACAGGGAGCGAAAACAGGAGAGUAA